AUGUCAGUACGGAAUUGCAUCCGAGACUGGACCCUGUACAUACUAAAACAGUACUGGAAAUCGACUCAGAUUAUUGAUAGAUUACCAGCGAGUAGGCUAGAUACACUUUUGAGUUCUGUAUUUGACGAAACUAUAGAUAGCAAUAGUAGUUCCUCUUUGCCAGCUGGAUACCAUUUAGUGUAUCAUAAUCCAAAUCUGAAUCAAUUGGGUGUAGAUGGAUAUGAUAAUUACCAAGCACCAGUUGAUACACGUACGAAGGAUGAACUAUUUAGGCGUAGAAUGUGGGUUAGAGGUAAAAUUGAAUUUCUAAAUCCAAUACUAUUUGAUACUAAUGUCGAAUGUUUAGAGCAAAUCAAAAGUGUAAGGCAUUUUAACACAGUCUGCUUUGUCAAUAUUGAACGUAAAUUUGUUCAAAAAAACCAAACUGUGCCUUUGGUGAUAGAGGAAAGGACAUUAGCAUAUAGUAAUUCCAUGUAUGAGAAAGGGAUUUCUCUAAACAAAGCUCUAGAUGCCAGAGAAACUCAAUUUACAGAGAAAGUCAGGCUUUCUCAAACUGAAAAUUUUAGGUAUAGCUCGCUAACCUACAAUGCCCAUAAGAUACAUUAUGACAUUGACUACUGUAAAGUAGUAGAAGGAUUCCCCAAGGUUUUGAUUUCGGGCCCACUUUCAAUAACGGUGAUAUUAACCUGGUUUUCCAGAAAAUUUUACCCCAACUUGCAUGUAAGUUCAAUAGUCUAUAAGAACACACAACCUAUCUACCUGGAUGAAGAUAUACAGUUGAUUUGCUUUGAAGACAUCAAAGAUGAAAAGUAUUCUAUAUGGAUAAUUAAUAGCGUGGAAGAACUUCUCGUAGACGCUAGUAUCAGAACCGUAAAAAGCUCCUAA